AAUGUCCCUUUCUCCAUCUCCACGACCACCACCGACUGAAGUCUCAUCUUCAGACUUGAAAGCUCUCGUUGAUUCACGUCUCACAAAGCCCAAAUUCGGUUUCCUGCGACCUAAAAGACGCAGCACGUCCUCGGUCCAAUCUAGUUCAUCACCCAGCCUCGCUACCACCCAACUUUUUCCACCACCGGGCUCCGAUGCGGUAAUUGACGUCGGCCCUUCCUCAAACUAUUCCAUUGAAGAUGAACAAUACCGCUGGGCUGUAGUUUUUGAGGUGAGCGCCUCCCACUCUUGGCGAGGUCUGGUACUGUCUGCCCUCUUACACGGUUGCCAGAACCAAAGAGGUCUCAGAAUCGGCUCAUCCCUCUACUUUUCCCGGUCUUCUCUUCUACCGAUAGAUCCUCUGCCAUUCACCGCUCCUGAUGCCGACCCUCGUCGAUCUCGACAACCAAACUUCACUCUGGCGAUGUAUCCUCUCCCUGAUGGCGCAUGGGCAUGGUUGUCUCCCUGGAUGGUGGAUAUGCGCUCGGACUCUGGAGAGGUACAGCUAGACGGCUUCGAAUACAAUUGGGCUUUCCGAGAACAUAAAUGGCACCCUCAGGCUGGAGCUUUCAGUUGGGUCAGGCGGAGGCGAUGGAUGCGUCUGAUGGUCCGACCGGUCACGCCACAGCUUUCAAAAACCACGGAAUCAUCUACUCCUCUCAGUGUUCCAAAUAGCGUCUCAAACAGCGCUGUCAAGAAGCGAAUGUCGAUGCUGUCGUCUGGGUCUCCUUCCAUGCCAGAGAGCAACGCAGAAGACGAUUCGUAUUCCGCUUCUAUGCUUGAGAGAGAGUUGGAACUCAUUUGGAUGGACGACAAUGCCGAGGUGAACUGGGAUAGAUGCCGUUUCGCGACGAGAUGUGCGGGACGGGAUGGUCGCAUCCUCGAGUUGUGGGCGAGAUGGCUGGGCUACACGCCACCUGAGGGCACCAAGCGGAAUCCAAAGAGGCAAUGGACGGAAGACGAUGAUGAUAUUCCAUGCCCUGCGGUCCCUGAUCCGGUUUCUGUCCCUCAUACACCUCCGCCAAUAGCCCAUAUCAUCCCUGUCCUGCGCGAACAUACCCAUGCGAUUCUUCAGUCCUUCAUAUUCCCCGAGUCUCGGGCCAAGUUUGUGAAGAUGCUCGAUACUGUGGGCGUUUUGUCGCAACUGGAAACAGGAAUCCGCUCGAUUUCUUCCGAGGUCAACUUCUUCAGCUACUUGAAUCCCAGCACCGAGAAGAACGAUGGAAACAUAAUCCCGCCCAAAGCAGCCAUGACACGGGUGUGAUAAGCCAGUCAUAACUUAUUCGAUUGGUCGCAACACCGACGGCCGGGUUCGACAUCAACCCUAGGUACACACCCAAUUGGUUUGCUGUCCCGUAGUCUAAUACCCUUGUAUAAUAAUAUACCUACCACCUUCGUUAUCCGGCGCUUCGUACGUCUUCGUACAGCGCCGGUGCACACAAACCAUGUAUUCAGCCAUCAAAUUAUAUCACAUGCUUGAUGUCGCGCUUCA